AUGUCGACGAAUCUGUAUGGGGAAUUCAACCAUAAGAUUGAUUAUGUGUUCAAGGUGGUGCUGAUCGGAGACUCCGCCGUGGGGAAGUCGCAGCUGCUGGCAAGGUUCGCUCGAAACGAGUUUAGCCUUGAUUCUAAGGCGACGAUCGGUGUGGAGUUCCAGACGAGGACCCUCGUCAUCGAUCACAAGGUCGUGAAGGCUCAGAUUUGGGAUACGGCCGGUCAGGAGAGGUUGGUUUGAUUCCCUCGUUUAAACCUCGAAUUAUUUAUAGAUCUUUUCGUCUCAUAAUAUAUUGCAUGGACGAUCCAGGAAUUGAGUGUGGUUGUUUAUAUGUACGAUUUCGUUGUUUCGCCGUUCGUCAUUCUCUUACUCAAUAUAUCUCGCCGGUUGAAUCAUUGCAUCUUUUCAAGUUCGGUAGGUUCUUUCGCACAGAUUUAUCCUCUUAGCCUACGUAAAUUGUGAAUAUUAUGCCAGUUCGGAGCUAAUUUGGGGAUCAGACAUGAUCCAUCUGUGCUUGCUGGGCCUCGUAUCGAAUUUAGGUUGUUUCUGGACAGAAAAUGUGCCGUUAUUUUGGUAAGGUAGAUCAUGCUACAGGUCUUCAAGUUGAUGACGCAUUCAUGACUUAAUAUUUUCUCAUUCUGGAAUGAAUAAUGAAAACUGAGAUCGCUUGGCUCCAUCCAUCCGUGAUUUCUUGAAUUCCAUGAAUUUGGGGAUUUCGUCCUUCUUGUGAUUUGAAGAGCAUUUGCAACUUAAUAGAACAUGCAUUGGAACUUUGGCUACCUGACGAGACAUCCUGCCUGCCUUGGUUAUAUCAUGGCUGAUCUGGCUUUGAUAUUAGCUCAGUUCUUCAGAAUGGGACCCAUUUUCCAUUUUCAUUCCAUUUUUUCAUUUUUUUUCAUUUAUUUCAUCUUCUCAUUUUUAUAUAUUUACUCCUCUCUUAGACUGGUUUUAUUUUUAUAUAUUUUUCCAAUUAUAGUUAGUGCUGCUGAACUGAAUAAUGAGCUCAAUGUUGAACGGUAUGGAAAUUCUUAAUCAGAAGGGACGUGAGAGCCUCAUCUCCUCACACUACAGAAAGCAUAAUCCAGGAAUCAAGUACCCAGUUGACUUUGAUUAAAGUCAAUGAUAACUCGCUAUAUCCAUUUCCUUGGAGAAGGAAAUCCAGAGUGUAUUUAUCGGACCAAUCUCAGUAUAUCCAGUUGACUUGUUCUUAUUUUCCCUCCUCUUGCUUGGACUGUUCCGGCCGCAGCUAAAGUUAUGCGCAUUUACCAGCUCUGACUCUACCCAAGUGAUUAAUAUGUAAUUUGGAUGCAUAUCUCCCUCACAAUGGGAUUAUGAUGCUCUUGUUUUUUGUUGCUGCGAAUUUAGAUUAAUUUCCAUCACAGUGGAAUUGCUAUAUUUGGGAAUAGUUGACCUUGGUGAUCAUCUGAAUCAAUGAUAUGUUCAUUGAAGAUCAUCCGGGGCAGGAAAAUGUGUGGGUUCUGGCCAAAGUAAACCAUUGACUAUCCUUCCAGAUUAUUUCCUUCUUCUGUGAUUCUUGGAGAUCUCUGAAGUUAUCUGCAUGGGCGCUCUCGGUGAUCAUCCAUCCAGAUCAGAUGAAGGGUUUAUUCACCGACCAGCACCCCGAGUCGGAGAAAUGGGUUGCUUCUUCCCAAAUCAAAGCACCGAUUAUCCUCCAAAAAUCAUUUCUUUCUUCAGCUAUUCUUCGAGAUCUUUGAAAUUAUCAUUGCAGAUCAGAUGAAGGGUUUAAUCACUGACCAGCCCCUGAUCCUUAGAAAUAGGCUGUUUCUGCCCAGAUCAAAGCCCCAAUCAUCCUCCAGAAAUCAUCUCCCUCUUCAGCCAUUCUUCCAGAGCGUCAAAAUCAUGGCUUUUCCUUCUCCAGGUACAGGGCGGUGACGAGCGCCUACUACAGGGGCGCUGUUGGGGCGAUGCUGGUGUACGACAUGACCAAGCGGCAGUCCUUCGACCACAUCGUUCGCUGGCUGGAGGAGCUUCGGGGGCACGCCGACAAGAACAUCGUCAUCAUGCUCGUCGGCAACAAGGCCGAUCUGGGGACACUCCGCGCCGUGCCGGCGGAGGACGCGAAGGAGUUCGCAGAGCGCGAGGGCCUCUUCUUCAUGGAGACCUCCGCUCUGGACGCCACCAACGUUGAGCCUGCGUUCCUCUCCGUCCUCACCGAGAUCUACCGGGUCGUCACCAGGAAGUCGCUCGUCGCCAACGAGGAGCCGGAGUCAGGGGGAAGCUCCAGCCUCCUCAGCGGAACGAAGAUCGUCGUCCCCGGCCAGGAUCCGGCCGCCGCCCCCGCGGCGGCGCCGCUCAGAUGCUGCUCCUCUGCGUAG